AUGAAGUCCACAAUUGUUGUUCUUGCUCCUCUGCUUCCCAUGGCCAUGUCUUCUGCCGUACCUGCAGACGCAGACGCGAAAAUCGACCUGAGCCAGAAGCAAGAGCUAUCUGGCAAUAACGCUCUGCGGUGCCAGCUUGGGAGUAGCAUUGAUUUCAAGAAUGUCCCAUGUGGCGGUGCGCCAAUUGCCGGCAGUCUGAACAAUGGCCAGGCCAUAUUCCUAAGAUGCCAGAAUCACCGGGCCCCCGGCACUACGUGGUACAAGACUAAGUCCGGGACCUGGGUUUUGAAUGUCAAUUGCAGGACUGGGAAUGUCAAUAACCUGCCAGAGUGUGAUAUCUAG